CAGCUGCGCGAGUCAUCUCAAGAACCAAUCAGAUGCGAGCAAGCAGGCACCGCUGUCUGUGAAUUGCCAACGCGUUAUGAGCGGAAAGACAAGCCAAGGCUGAACGCUGCCCAGGUAGGAAACCUUGAUGCCAAUAAACGGAGAAAAAAAGGGCAAAUAGAUAAAAACAACAACAGACGCAAGUCGAUAUAUUCUUUUCCACCCACGUUUUAAUUUUCAUCCUAAAAAGAUGCGCUUGGCAUGGCAUGCUUUCCAGAGCCUCAUCUAUUCUUCAUCUUCACUUGAUGGAAGAGGGAUGGAGAAGCGAGCUCGUUCUGUGUGAUUCACCCUCCUGCUGCAGAAGCGAUGAGUAACUUGCUCCCAAACACUUCUCUCUUGAAUUGGGAUGCAUUAGAGGGAAGAAACACGUCGUCUGCCCCGUCCUGGGAGCUGGAGCCGGUGCCCGUGAUGGUUAACCCGUGGGACGUGCUGCUGUGCGUGACGGGAACGCUCAUGUCCUGCGAGAACGCAGUGGUGAUCGCUCUCAUCGCCUACACGCCCACACUGAGAGCACCUAUGUUCGUCCUCAUCGGGAGUCUAGCGUUCGCUGACCUCCUGGCCGGCCUGGGCCUGAUCCUCAAUUUCGUCGUAACUUACAUAAUCGAUUCGGGAAUUGUCACGCUGCUGUCGACGGGGCUCGUCAUCACAGCCUUCUCGGCGUCUGUGCUCAACAUUUUUGCGAUAACUGUAGACCGUUACAUGUCGCUGUACAACGCGUUGACGUACCACACCGAGGGCGCGGUGACGUUCACCUACAUCACACUCAUCUUGAUGUGGGUCAUCAGCACCGCGCUCGGUCUGCUCCCCGUCCUGGGCUGGAACUGCUUGGAGGACGAGAGCACCUGUAGCAUCUGUCGACCGGUGAACAAAAACAACGCCGCGGCGCUCGCCGUGUCCUUCCUCCUGGUCUUCGCUCUCAUUCUGCAGCUGUACCUCCAGAUCUGUAAGAUCGCUUUCCGGCACGCUCAGCAAAUCGCCGUUCAGCGGCAGCUUAUGACUACCUCGCACUCAUCUUCCACCACGAAAGGGGUCUCCACCCUCACCACCAUCCUGGGCACUUUCGCCUUCUGUUGGGUCCCUCUCGCCAUGUACUCGCUGGUGGCCGACUCUCGAACCCCUGUGAUCUACACCUACGCCACGGCUCUUCCGGCCAUCUGCCACUCCAUCAUUAACCCCAUGAUAUAUGCGUUCAGGAACCCUGAAAUUCUCCGAUCUUUGAGGAUUGCUUGUUGCUGGUGCAUGCCUUACAGUUUCAUCAUGCGACCCAGGACCCCCAGCGAUGUGUAGCAUCUUCAGUUUAAAGCACAAUGUUGGCAUUGGCCUGUCUGUAAAGCACAUAUAAUCCACAUAUUGUAAUUUAAUUUUUUUUUUUUUUUGGCAGAUUUAAUAGCCUAGCACUUCAUAUUAUUGUGUCCAUGUUACACAGACACAUUACUAUACUUAACAGGAUAUCAGAAUAAUACUUUAACUUCCUUAUGGUAAAAGACAUGGUUGGUGAUGAGUAAAAAAAAAAAAGAGAGAGAGAUUUUGGUGCUUUUGCAUUCACUCAAUUUUGUUUGCUCGCAAAACUUUUGUAUCAGGAAUAAUAUGAGGUGGGAGGAAAAACUAUAUUUGAAUGUAUUUGAAAUUUUCCAUUCACUCAAAACCUUUGUGUUGCCCCAAGAAACUUUGUGCUAAAUGAGGUUGGAGGAAAAACUGUAUUUCAAUGUUUUUACAUUCUCUCGCAAAGCUAUAGUGUUUGCCCAAUAAAUUUAGCAUUUGCAUGCGAAGGUUUUGCAUAUCCAGAGAAAUUUUUAAUUUAUAUGAGGUGGGAGGAAAAACUUUAUUUGAAUGUAUUUAAAAUUUUGCAUUCACUCAAAACUUUUGUAUUGCUUUCCCUCGUGAAAUGAUUAUGUUAGAAAUAAUAUGAUUUGGGUGGAAAAAUUGCAUUUCGGUGCUCUUGAGAGUAAAUUAGAAGUUACUCACGGAAAUGCAAUAGUUUUACGAGAAAAUGCAAAUGUGAGAAUGCAAGAGCGCAGCAGAUUUCUCUGGUGGAAAGUGAUGGUUUACACAAAAGUGUACACAAAAGCAUCAAAUAUAAUUUUUCCUCCAAUCUCAUAUUUUUCCCUUUAGGGGCUCCAAACUGACUGGCAACAGAUAACUUGCAAGUUGCUUCAUUGUACAAUGGUACUGGUUUAAUACAUACCGUACAAUGACUUACUGUACUGGGCAAAUCAUUAAUAGCUGUCCAUGGUGUUUUAUAGCCACUGAGUCGAGAUGUGGCAUAUGUUCCAGCACUUCCUUGUGACAAUACAUACAAUAAAGCAAAAACAGAAAACGGAAGGAUGAAUGUACAAUUAAGUGAUUGUUGUUUGUGUGGCAGAUUUACAGGAUGCCUACUGUAUUGUAAAAUCAACCACAUAGCCAUAACAUAACUACAAUCCGCUGCUGGUUAAUAAUAAUAAUAAUAAUAAUAAUAAUAAUAAUAAUAAUAAUAAUAAUUAUGAAAUAUUGUGGGUAAAUAAUACAAUAUUGUCAGCUAAAUAUUAUAAUAACAUCCAGGACACAAAGUGAUUUCCAAAACAAUGAUAUCCAGUCAAACUACUGAAAUACCUUAUUAAUUCGCAGAAAAGCCACACAAAAAAGUGUUUCAUACUCUGUAGUUCUGGGUUUAAUGGGAUGUCUGUUCAAUGAAGUUCACCCGAGACAAAGUAAAGGCAGCCAAAAAAACAAAUUUGACACAUUGGAUUUACUGAACUUGAAUGAAACUACUGAAUUAUUUGAAAUAUUACAGCCAGUCUGAAAUGUCUACAUGUCUGAAUGUACUGUGUGUUGAGAAAAGUUUUAUUUGAGCAGCUGUGAUUGUGUCAGACUUUAAUUUUGUAAAACAAUUUAACCUUAAAAUGUUGGUCUUUAUACAAUUAUUUUCUGUGUAACGUUUAUAUAGAAGUAUAUUUUUGUACUUGCUUAGAAAGUUGCACUCCUUGUGUGUUGAGACGGGUCCCAGUGUCACUGAUCUCUGUCAGCUUUCACUCCAGAAACAUGGCUGUAUUUUUCAUGUUUGAAAGCCUUCUGCGUACUGCACAAUGUUAAUAAACUGACUUCAACUAAAAAAUAA